AUGCAGAUCAGCACAAGAAAUACAUCGACUCUCCCCAUCACCGGCCCAGGUCGUCAUCAAAUGCCAUCGCGGCUUGAGUUCUACCGUCCCGCGCAGAUGAGUCUGUUUGCGCGAGUGACGUGCUAUCCGCCUCUGGGUCAGGUCACUUGUCUCCCGAGAAUACAAAAGGCUCUAAAGUCAGAGAAGGACGAUACAGUCCGCUUUACCGUGGUUAUAGAAUCAAGCAGCUUAUUCCCAGAGCAGCCUUGGGAAGCUCAUAUCUGGCACAACAUCAACAAUACCGAAUGGACGGCGCUGCCGCUCAAGAAAGAUCAACCCACCGUAGCCCCUCUGGUAAAUGGGAGCGAAGAAGACUACAAGUACCGCCGCUAUGUCUUCUCUGAAGAUAUUGCUAUACCUGCUAGUGGAGGUUAUGCACAGUUUACCGUUCGGUUUCGGGCAACCCCCGAGGCAGACUGGCAGUGGGUAAAUCAGCAGCGCCAUGUCAAUGACGGAGAGUUGGUUUUUACGUCGCGGGAAUCGAGUUUUGACACGAGUGGGAAUGGCCCUCUCACGCCUGCUACAGAUGCGUAUGAGGCUCCGUCGAUCAGUCCAUUUGCCGUGGCGUCCGUAGCUGCAUUGGCAACGCCGGAAAGAGAUAGCUUCAGCAAAUACUUUGAAAAUCUUUCGACUGAGGUUGAGAUUGAAUCGCGGACAAGCGAAGCUCCUGGCUCUUUUCUGUGGAGCCUUUCCGGAUCCAUUGAAGGGGCGAAGGUCGGUGAAUCCGGGCACAAACAGCUUGCUCUUGGACUGCCGGCAUCGCUUGCGCGGUAUUUUGCUCUGGUACGGGUAUGGAUCCCAUGGCUUGGGCCCAGGCAUGGAAAGAAGAAGUUCAGAUUGACAGAGGAUGCGCUAUUGUGUUCAUUCUUGCGCACCGAUGGGUCUCAUUUGGUUCUCCUGGCAGUGUCGGGGAUAAAUAAUGUCCUGACCCUCUUCACUUCAAACGAUAAUGGAGAAUUGGUGAUUAAGGCCACAAACGAUCACACCGAGACGUCCAAAUUCCAGGUCCUUGCUUCUGUCGCAGAUGACUUUGAAGUAGCGAUGAGUGCCGUGAUUUACGAGGCACGGAAGUUGGUGAAGCCAUACGCUACGGAGGAGAUCUCCGAGGAAUCUCCCACUCCAGGAUCCCCAGUAGGGGACGAUAUAGUGAUGGUUGAAAAUGAUCCCAAGGCGCAAUGGUUCGCGGAGUGGUACGAUGGUCUAACAUAUUGUACAUGGAACGGAUUAGGGCAGAAUCUUACGGAAGAAAAGAUUCUUUUCGCUCUCGACUCCAUGAAGGAGCAUGGAAUCAAGAUUGCCAAUUUGAUUAUCGACGAUACCUGGCAGUCGCUGGACAAUGAAGGCGAGUCGCAGUUCAAACGGGCCUGGACACAAUUUGAGGCAAGUCCCAAGACCUUUCCGCGAGGCAUCAAACAGGCCACAGAGACCAUUCGUCGAAAACACCCAAGCAUUGGCCACAUUGCCGUCUGGCAUGCUCUUUUUGGAUACUGGGGUGGCAUUUCACCAGACGGCGAAUUGGCUCAAAAGUACAAAACCAAGGAGGUGCCGCUUGUAGAUCCGGCCGCAAAGGGGCAAAUAGCGCAUGCGUUCGAAAAGGGAUCAGUGCUGGCCAUUGAUCCUGACGAUAUCCAACGCUUCUACGACGAGUUCUAUAGUUUCUUGACAUCUGUUGGAAUUGACUCGGUCAAGACGGAUGCCCAGUUCUUUCUGGAUUUGUUGAAAGACCCCGAGGAUCGGAAACGGUUCACAAACGCGUACCAGGAUGCAUGGUCCAUUUCUAUAUCAAAGCACUUCAGCGCCAGGGCUAUCUCAUGCAUGUCUAUGACGCCGCAAAUCAUCUUCCACUCCCAGCUUCCAACAAAUAAGGCCCAGACCCCCCUGCGCAAUUCGGAUGACUUCUUCCCGGAAAUCCCAGCUUCGCACACAUGGCAUAUCUUCUGCAAUGCGCAUAACGCGCUCCUUACCCGCUACCUAAAUGUAUUGCCGGAUUGGGAUAUGUUCCAAACAUACCAUCCCUUCGCGUCCUUCCACGCGGCGGCUCGAUGCCUUUCAGGUGGCCCAAUAUACAUCACCGACGAACCCGGAAAGCACAGUUUGGAUGUUAUCAACCAGAUGACCGCCUCAACUACACAAGGAGCCACAGUGAUUCUCCGGCCUAGCGUCGUGGGGCGCAGCCUGGAUAUGUACCACGAUUAUAACGAGGGCAAUAUCUUACGGAUCGGCACGUAUACGGGAUGGGCCAAGACAGGCAGCGGGAUGAUAGGUCUUUUCAAUAUCCACGCUGCAGGAGCAUCCUGUAUCGUUCCGCUGAGGGAUUUCCCGGGCAUCCAUCCCGGUUCAGAAGGACAAUAUGUCGUGCGUGCACAUACAAGUGGUAUAGUAAGCGACCCAAUGCGGGCGUCUAACGAAAAGUCCCUCGUGUCAAUCGUCCUUGAACAGAAGGGCUGGGAGAUUCUGACUGCCUACCCGACCAAAUCAUUCCCCCUCAAGGGAAGCAGAGGAUGCAACGCCGAGGGGACUAGCCUCACCCAUGUGGCUGUCUUAGGUCUGCUGGGCAAGAUGACAGGCGCCGCAGCAGUGGUGAACAGUGACAUCUUCGUGGUGGAAAAUGGCCGGCUUCGGUUCGAUGUCAGUCUCAAAGCUUUAGGGACUCUGGGAAUCUAUUUCUCCGAUCUGCAGGACUGGAGUAUUGCGAAGAACUUCAUGGUGACCAUUCUGGGUAAGCCUGUGCCCAGGAAGACCGUCUGGACGGAAGGAGGCGAGCAUGCUAGAGUUCUGGCGAUCGAUGUGCUGGGGGCUUGGAAUGCGAUGGGACUGAAUAGUGGAUGGAGCAACGAGGUGUGGGUGCAGGUCUUCCUUGGUUGA